AUGCUUGCUCUACGAACCUUUGCCCGCAGCGCACCGCGCUCUGCGGUUCGUCUCUCCACUAAAGCUGUCCGCCCGCAGCCAUCCCUACUCCGCCAGACGGCAGCGUUCCAGCCCGCAUGGGCCGCACCAAGCCUUAGACUUACGGCCUCGUUGCACCUAUCAGCAGUACGAAGACAAGGCGAUAGUGGCGUCAAUGAGGAGCUUGUCGCGAAGCUUCAGAGCGAGAUCUCAAUGGAGGAGGACAUGAAGGAGGAUGAUGAUCUAUCCGCAAAUAUCAAGGAGUAUCUCGAGAACAGCCCUUUUGAGAUCGAAGACAAGCCUGGCAGCCAGGAAGUUGUCUUGACACGAACCUUCGGCGACGAGAAGAUCCGCAUCACUUUCACCACCGCCGACCUUAACAACAAUGUUCCAGGCGAGGAUCUUGUCGAGGACAACGCCAUAUUCGACGAUGCCGACAUGGAUACACAGUCCGGAGGCGCCAACACCAAGGGCUCCAUCAAUCAGGGCAACACACGCGACGGCAAUGUUCGUGUCGCACCCGAGGACCGUAUUGCGCCCGCCGACCGCGAAGAGCUAGAGGAUGAAUACGAUGAGGAAGGCCAGCAGCAGGGCUUCCCUGCACAUGCCAGCAUCCGGAUUGAGCGCCCUGGCAAGGGAGCUCUCGCCAUCGAGGCUACUGCUCAGGAUGGCGACUUCCUGAUCGAGGAUCUCUACUACUUCCCCACCGCUGAUCUGGCCGACCCUACGACCGCCGAGAAGGACUGGUCACGGCGGACACUUUACACUGGCCCUCCCUUCAACAACCUGGACGAGGAUCUUCAAAUCCUACUUGAGAAAUACCUCGAGGAGCGUGGCAUCAAUACCCGCCUAGCACUGUUCAUCCCCGACUACAUAGACCACAAGGAGCAGAAGGAGUACAUCAAGUGGUUGAACAACGUCAAGAGCUUCGUCGCAUGA